UUCACUUCCAAAAGCCAAAUCAAAAUCAUGGCGCCCAAGAAGUCCUCAUCGUCUGCUUCUCCAAUCCUAAUCGGUAAUUGCGAGGUCACUGUAGAAGCACACAACUUCACUUGCCAAUCAGAUCCCAACAGCCUCCAAAUUUCUCUCACCAAAAGCGCAAAAAUCAAAAUUUCAGUGAGGGAAGACUUCAGUAGAAGAUGCAGUGAUGAUAUUUGGGAAUCUAAAGCUGAAGGAGAAGCAGGGAGAGCUUCCAUUCUUGGGGAUGAGUAUAUUUUUGUCCUAGUAAAUUCAAAAGAUUCUGAUAGCUGUAGCAAAUCCUAUCUUCAGGAGGCGUUAAAGAUAUACACCAUAGAAUUACCUGCAAUGAAUUAUAGUGCAAAUACUGGAAAGCAAUCAAUGUUUCUAGAAAAAUGUGUCUCAAAUGGGAAAUACUGCUCACUGCUUUUGAAAUCCAGGUCUGGUGAAAGUUCUGAAGAAGCUAUAGCUGCAAUUACAUAUCAAAUAGUCCCUUCUGACACCCAGUAUGCUGAGAUUCCUCUUGCUGCUGUUAGUUCAAUCCACCAACACAAGGGUUUUGGUCACUACUUGUACAUGGAAUUGAGGAAGAGACUUUGGAGUGUUGGUGUCCGCACUAUAUACUGUUGGGGAGAUAAGGAAUCUGAGGGUUUUUGGCUUAAACAGGGUUUUGAAUCCAUAGCAGAGGUGGACGAAAAAGGUAGAGCUUGUCGCAGGCUGCCCAUUAAGGCUGAUAUCCGUAGAGCAUUAUGCUUUCCUGGUGGUUCAAUCCUUAUGGUUUCACAUCUUAAUAAGGAUACUUCAGCUAACUAUGUAGAGCCAUUGAAGUUCCUUUUUCCACUAAAACCUCAUAAGAAGCCUUCAUCAGCUGUUGCUGUGUCUAUUCAUCCUGAGGAGGGUUGCAAUACUUUGAACACAGAAAAUCAAAUGGCAAAAAGUUCUCAUUCUGAAAGAAUGAUAGGGGAUGCGUUUCUUGGAGAAGAUAACAAUUUAGAUGCAGGUUUUUCUUGGAAUCAGGAAUGCAAAGAACCAGCUCCAUUUGAGGGACAGAAAUGCAGCAAGAUGACAAAUGGUGCAGAAUUGGAAAAGAUUGAAGCUGAUAUUGAUGUCAAAUGCUGUUCCUGUCAUACACAAGGUACAAAGAGGGCUUGGGAAGCCUCAUUAUCCUCACUGAAGUCAAAAAGAGUGAAGGGAAGUCAUCAAAUUGAUUGUGAAACAGAAUCUAUCAUGGGUUUAGAUUCAGGAUCAGGAAGUGAAAGAAUUGAUCGUUGCUUUAAUGAGUGCUCCUUGGGCAUUUCAAAAAGUAGUUAUUUUGUGGGGGUUACUCCUACAAAUCCCUUGACUAGUAAUUGCAUGGAAAAUAAUGCCAAAGAAGGUAGAUCAAUUAACAUGGCAUCAGAAGCUCUGGUCAGCAAAGAACUUCCAUCCAAGGGAGAAGGCGUAAGAAUCAUGUUGAUGAAUAUUGCUGAUGAUACUAAGAAAAUGCAUCUUUCAAAGGUAAUUGAAAUUCUUGGUGGUAUUGUUACAUCUGAUGGAAGUGAAAGCACACAUGUAGUCACAGGAAAAGUAAGAAAAACUAUCAAUUUCUGCAAUGCUCUCUGCUCAGGUGCUUGGAUAGUCUCAUCAAGUUGGUUAAAAGAAAGCUUCCGAAAAAGCAAAUUUGUGGAUGAAUUGCCAUAUAUUUUGCAUGAUGAGGAACACAUUGUCAGGUAUGGAACUGAGUUAAAACAUGCAGUUUUCAGAGCAAAAGCCAGACCCAGAGCUCUGCUUAAAGGGUAUAACAUAUGUCUCCAACCUCCAGUUGAAGCUCUAUCCACCAUUGUCAGGUCUGCUGGUGGGAAUAUAAUUUCUGGAUUGGACAAAGUAAAUGAAGCAUCAAAAACAAUUUUUGUUGCUUGUGAAGAAGACAUGGAAGAAGCAUUCUCAGCUGCAAAGAAAGGGAUACGGACAUUCAGCAGUGACUGGUUGAUAAACUGCAUCAUGAAACAAGAGCUGGAUUUACAGGCACUUCAAUUUGCUGAGUCCUUGUGAGGAAACUACACAACUUGCAGUGAGGUUUGGACAAGUAGGAGAAUGUAAAUUUGUUUUCUCCCCCUUUUCCAUUUCUUGCUUUUGUGCAGAGAAAGAAAACUCUAGGCAAAAGCAAAUGUUAUUAUUUAUCCAUGGAAUUCUUAUUUCAAUCUGAAAAGACCAUCAGAAUUCAAAAUAUUUUGUUUAAAAAAGAGAACUCUUAACAUGUUGUGAAGGCCUGUUUUAUCUGAAUGAUAAUGCUAAGAAUUUUUAUUGUAGGGCAA